GAAGAAGAGUUAACGCCAAGCUACCAGAAGAAGACCUACAAGAAGGACCAAGGCCUGGUCAGAAAACGAGGCCGUCCGCGGAAGCACCAUGUACUCCCCCAAGGCCUGUCUGAGCCGGUCCUCCUCCGCCCUCUGCCCCGUGAUGCCCCCCUCCCUCUGUCUGAGCCGGUCCUCCUCCGCCCUCUGCCCCGUGAUGCCCCCCUGCCUCUGACUGAACCGGUCCUCCUCCGCCCCCUACCCCCUGAUGCCCCCCUGCCUCUGACUGAACCGGUCCUCCUCCGCCCUCUACCCCCUGAUGCCCCCCUCCAUCUGCUCACAGAGGAGACUGAGAACAGCGAGCAGAAUAAGCCAGUGGCUCCACUGGUGGCCACUUUAGAGGAUGACGAGGACAACAUGGCACAGUCCAAGUCUGGGUCAGAGACAUGCGCACCCACACGCGCAUGCAAACGCUCAUACAGAAACAAGCGGAAGUCAAUAUGGCCGCCCAGGGACAUGGAAAAGAGACCACAACCAUGGGCGGGUCCACACCCAUUCGCUGACGAGAUCCAAGAUGUGCAACAACCUGGGAAAGACGGCAACGAACCACAGACACUGACUGGGCAGACAGAGAAGACCAAGGGGGAAAAGGCACCACUCGGGGCCACCAGAGGAGGCCUUUCCCAGCCCAGCUCCAGCCUUGCCUGGCCUCCCUCCCUCACUUCAGCCCAGACGGUGGUGGUGUCCCCCCUGAGUCGUCCGGAGGGCCCCUGGCCCCGGGCUCUGACCCUGGAGGGAGCUGGUUCAGAAAGGGGAGCCCUGGUCCAGAGACUGGCUGGACUGGAGAAGGAGGCUCAGAGGCUGAGGAGGAUACUGGGUUCCAACGCACCCCCAGCAACGCAGGACACUGUGGUGAUGACAGAGGCUGCCUCUGGGGAUAAGGCAUCUGGUGGGACGGGGGCGGAGACAACGGUGGCCAUGGUAACCAAACAGGACCCAAAGGAGUGUGAGAGCUCAGCUUCCCCUGGCAUACCAGGGCUGGUUGUGGAGGGCGUCCAGCCCCAGAGAGAGCAGCCUGAGCUGGGCAGGCUGAGGAGGGAGAAGGCUGACCCCCAGAGCAGGCUAAGACAGACUGACAGCCCAGUGACCAGGGACCAGAGCUCCCGCAUUGUGCAGGAGAACCUCCACAAAAUCCGAGGGAACGUGGUGGCUCUGCUGUCAGCCAUCCUGCCCCACCUGGACCUGCAGGGCAUCAGCCUGGAUACGCCAGACGUAGACAGCAUCCUGCAGCAGAUCAUAGACGCCAACUCACUGUCUCCACUCUAGAACCCACUCUCAGUGCUCUAGAACCCGCUCUCAGCACUCUAGAACUCACUCUCACCACUAGUACUUAUGCUCACCACUCUACUGUAGGUAACAUAUCGUUUAUUUUUCCAUACCAACCUGGAACCCCUAUGUCCACAACACAUUAUCCACACACUGACUCACAUUGUAAUGGCUGACCCAUCUUAAUAGAUGGCUGACUAUCACAUUGUAAAUACUUCCUCCCCAAUUGACCCUGCCUAAGUUCAGAUGCGUUGUACUGUACUCGUUGAGUGUGAGAUGUUGUAAUACUGUACUCAGAUCAGCUUGCUAUGCUGUAUGUUUUACCUUCACCAUAUGUAAAGGAUCCACAUAAGUAACCAGCAGUCAGCUUCAUUUAAUAUCAUGUGUUAUUACUUGUCAAUCAGAGACCCUGGCUUGUGUGAGAGAAGCUGAGAAGCCUAUUACUGUUUGCUUUUCAUCCUUGCUACUGUUUUUAAUACGUUUGUUAAUUAUUUUGUCGUUUUAAUAUAUGAACAUGUUCCUUGAUAGUGUUAGGGCUGGACUUAAACUACCCUGUCAUUACAAUGUUUUAUCGUUUGUUUGCUUGCAUAUCUUUUUAAAGAAAAUCAACCAGGUAUCAUGAUUUUGUGAUCUUUUGUCUGACUUGAGUUUCACAGGCACCAUUUUUGUUCUAAACACCAUACCGCUCGUCUUGUCUGAAGCAUGUUGUUAUGUGUGUUUGAGUUCAACCAAUGAGAAAUAGCUAACAAAAGAUUAUCAAAUUCGGCAGUAGACAAUAUUGACCACAGGGAGGCAGAGUGGCCAUCAUCAUUUUUCCCAUAUUUUACUGUGAGCAGCACUGAAACGGGCACGUCUAACUUCACUAUUUCCAACUCACUACAAGCUCUACACAUACACACACUCACUCCCCCUGUCUCUCACAUUCAUACACACUGUCUUUCUCUCUCUCCCCCCUGUGACUAUCUCUAGUUUUGAACGUUCCCUUUAAAUACCCUCCCUAACGGGAAAUAACGGUAGUAAGCUGCCUGCUACCGUCCGGUCAGGCUAUCCGAUUUCUCUACGGUCAGUGAAUUUACGUGCAGUCGGACAGGUGCUCGUGCUUUGCGAUGAGAACGCUGUUGAUAUCACUCCUCUGGGUCCUCGGCGGGGUGGAGGAGACGGUGGCCGUACCUGCCCUAGGCCGACAUGCCACGAGAGAGUUCUACAUCGCCGCGGUUGAGAUUGGUUGGGACUAUCUUUACUGGGGCAGCGCUGACUCGUCGGAACAAAGGAGGAGGACCAAGGAUCCCCCUCAGAAAUACAUAAAAGCUGUUUAUAGAGAAUACACUGAUUCCACAUAUUCAGUCCCCAAACCUACAUCAACAUGGGCAGGUAUCCAGGGUCCGGUGAUCCAUGCCCAGGCCAGUGACAGGGUAGUGGUGCACUUUAAGAACCUGGCGUCCCAGCCCUACAGUAUCAGCCCUGUGGGGGUCAGCUACUGGAAACAGUCUGAGGGGGCCGGAUACGAUGACGCCACGUCUAGCCAGGAGAAAGAGGAUGAUGCGGUUGCUCCAGGAGGAUACUACAAGUACGUCUGGGACAUCAACCCUAAUGACGGUCCGACCGUGGGAGACCCAGAAUGCCUCACCUACUCCUACUCCUCCCAGGUGGACACUGUACAAGACUUCAACUCUGGGCUCAUCGGGGCUCUGCUCAUCUGCAAAUCAACUGCAUUUACAGAUAAUGGAGUUCGGAAAAGCAGAGAGUUUAUUCUGCUCUUUGCUGUUUUUGAUGAGAGUAAGAGCUGGUACGGCGAGGUGGGGAGUUUCCGGGAAAGAUUUAAGAAGGCCAGUGCAAGAAAACAGUACCACACUAUCAAUGGAUACGUCAACUCAACUUUACCAGGUCUGACGAUGUGCCAGGGACGAGAUCAUGUGUUCUGGCAUCUCAUUGGAAUGGAAACGUCUCCAGAGAUCCACUCUAUACAGUUCCAGGAUCACACUUUGCAGGUGAUGGCCCACCGUAAGAUUACUGUGGAGAUGACUCCAAUGACCUUCACCACAGCGGAGCUGAAGCCCAGCACUCAGGGGAAGUUCCUCAUCAGCUGUCAGAUCCAAGCAAACAGCCACGUGGGCAUGAGUGCAGUCUUUGAGGUGGAGGACUGCCCAGAGCCUGUGACGGUGCCCGGUCCUGAUGUGCGUCGGGUCCAGCAGUCUGAGAAUGAGGAGGACUAUGAAUAUGGAGAUGACAUGUUUGAGUUAUUUGUGUUUAAGCCUGUGAAAAGUCGGGCUGUGGGGCGCUCUCGAGGGGGGAAGAACAAAGUCUGGGUCCAUUACAUUGCUGCUGAGGAGAUCAGUUGGGAUUACGCACCCCACCUCAGCCAGGGAGACAGUCAACUGUUAUCGGAAUACUUUCCCAGGGGGCCUCAUCAGCUGGGUCAUGAAUAUAAGAAGGUGGUGUAUGUAGAAUACACUGACCAGACCUUCACCAAGAGGAAAUCACCUGUUAAAAGACUGCUGGGACCACUGCUCAGAGGACAGGUGGACGAACACUUCCAGAUAGUGUUCAAGAACCUGGCAAGUCGUCCUUUCAACAUGUAUCCAAACGGCCUCACCAGGAUUUCUCCACUGAGGAAAACAGAGAACGAGGGUGAAAAGGACCUACGCUCCCUGGCUGUACCCCCCAACGGGACAUAUGGGUAUGUGUGGAAACUAACAGCAGAGGAUGGGCCCCUGGAGGGAGACCCCCAGUGUCUGACCCGUCUGUACCAGAGUACCAUCAACCCUGAGAGAGAUCUGGCCACUGGCCUCAUAGGACCCCUCCUCAUCUGCAAGAAGGACUCCAUGGACACCAGGGGGCGGCUGGUGGGCCCAGAUAAAGUGAAGCAGUUGAUGUUCGCUGUGUUUGAUGAGAACAAGAGUUGGUACAUCAAUGACAACAUUCAGAAGUACAGCAAAGACCCCUCCAUGGUCAACCCUACAGACCCUGACUUCUACAACUCCAAUGUCAUCUACAACGUGAAUGGGAUUAUGUUCAAUGAGCAGAGGGUCCAGGUGUGUAAGGAUGACGUGACCUUCUGGCACCUGUCCAACGUGGGGACGCAGAGCGACUUCUUGUCUGUCUACUUCACAGGAAACCCCUUCAUGAAGGACAACGUGUACGAGUCCGUCCUCACACUCUUCCCAAUGUCCGGGGAGACCGUUACCAUGGAGUCUCAGCUAAUCGGUGAGUGGGAGAUCAGUGCGUUCGACAGCCGCCUGAAAAGCCGUGGCAUGAGCGCCCGCUACUCCGUCCUGUCUUGUAACAUUGAACUGCUGGUGGACAAUGAAGAUGUAGAGUAUGGCCUGGAGGACGUCCUGCCUGACUACGUAGACCACUUCUUCAAACCCAGAUCCCUCCACCCCCAGCCACAGAACAGGACCGUACCUGUCAGAGUCUGCAGGAAGCAACCUGGCUUAAACCAGAACACAACAACACCGCAAACAGGAAAUGACACAGAUAACGAAGUCGCCAUCGGAGAAUCAGGGGACCACGGGUCUGAUAACAAUGUCACAUUUAAGGCAGGGGACCAGAGGUCAAUCUGUGAGGUCAGGUAUGUGACGGUGUCGUCUGCUGAUGAGGAGGCCAACCUGCUUUCCCAGGGAGGGAUCCCCACAGAUGUUCUGGAGCAACUGGAGAAGGACGGGGAGUGGAAGGCUUCAGAGAACCAGGAGGGAGGGGACCUGGGUGGGGAGCAGGGGGGGAACGGGAGACAGAGACGCCAGGCUGGGUUGGAGGGUGGAGAGAAUGGAGAGCGCAACAAGCUGGUGGAGAAUAGUGAGGAGGAGGUGCUGAAGGAGUGGAAGGGUCAGGUGUAUGGGGAGGCACUAGAGCAGGAGCAGAGAGAGGAGCAGAAGGUGGAGGUGUUGGAUCAGCAGGAGGAGCAGGAGGCGCAGGGUGAGGGGUUCUUAAAGGUGCAGGAGCAGAGGGAGAGGCAAAAGGGGGAGCUGGAUCGAGAUUCACAUCCCCUAACCACCAAUCAUGCAGAUAAGGACCCUCUACUCUUGGAGUUAGACGGAUGGAUGGAUCUAGACCCCCUGAACAAAACUUUGGAAGAUCUCCCGGAUCAGCUGAAGGUGCAGCAGAAGAGGGAGGCGCAGAAGGUGGAGGUGUUGGAUCAGCUGAAGGUGCAGCAGCAGAGGGAGGAGCAGAAGGUGGAGGUGUUGGAUCAGCUGAAGGUAGAGGAGCAGAAAGCUGGGGAUGUGCAUCCCCUAAGCAACAACACUCACACAGAGCUGGACACACCUCUACUGGAUUUGUUGGAUCUAAACUUCUCCAAUGUCUCCAAUGACAACGAGACGGCUCCCAGGAACGCAGUGUCUCUGGAGUAUGAUGACUAUAGUGAGGAAGACACUGGGACAGCCUACAUAGGGACAGAGGACAACCUGGACCUGAGGGCCACAGAUGGACAAUACCGCAGCUACUACAUCGCUGCACAGGAGAUCACAUGGGACUAUGGGAUCAGGAAACCACAUCAGCUCAUAAAAACAAGAGAGAGGCGUAUGGGAAUGAGGAAGUUCCUGGCGGAAUAUAAGAAGGUGGUGUUCAGGGCCUACAGUGAUAGAGACUUCCAGAUCCCCGUCACCAGAGGAGAGCUGCAGGAACAUCUGGGACUCAUGGGCCCUAUCAUUAAAGCUGAGGUCAACGACCUCCUUACCGUGACCUUCAAGAACAUGGCGUCCAGGCCGUACUCCCUGCACCUUCAUGGGGUGUAUGAUAAGAGCCAGGGUGAUGGUCAGUCCUCCGGGGCUGGGGUGGCGGGGGUCCCUGGGGAGGCGGUCCAGCCUGGAGAGGUCAGGGUCUACACCUGGAGGAUCACCAGGAAGCAGGGGCCCACCGCUGCAGAGUUUGACUGUAAGGCCGGGGCCUACUAUUCUACACAGAAUAAGGAGAAGGACCUCCACUCUGGUCUGAUUGGCCCCUUAGUAAUCUGUAAACCAGGCACCCUCCACCCCCAACUGAACCUACAGCCCAACCUACAGGAGUACGCCCUCCUCUUCCACACCUUCGACGAGACCAAGAGCUGGUACCUGGACGAGAACAUCCGUCGGUACUGCACCCCACCCUGCCAGGCCCAGAAAGAUGACCCCUGGUUUCAGCUCAGCAACAAGUUCGCAGCCAUAAACGGCUACGUGGCAGAGACACUUCCUGGUCUGACUGUAGCCCAGCACCAGCAAGUCAGGUGGCACCUGCUGAACGUCGGGGGCGACGGGGAGUAUCACACCGCCCACUUCCACGGUCUGCCCUUCAGCAUUCACAAGGAGCAGGAGCAUCGCAUGGGGGUGUACAACCUCUAUCCUGGUGUGUUUGGAACAGUGGAGAUGAGGCCGGCCACGGUGGGGACCUGGAUGGUGGAGUGUACAGUAGGAGAGCACCAGCUGGCCGGCAUGAGGGCUAAACUACUGGUCUACAACCCACGAUGCAUCCAGCCUCUGGGGUUGAGGUCAGGAAGAAUAGACGAUUCCCAGAUCACUGCAUCAGACCACAUAGGUAACUGGGAGGCCAGGCUGGCGAGGCUGGAGCUAUCUGGUUCUGUCAACGCCUGGAUGGGCGCGGAUCAGAAAUCAUGGAUCCAGGUGGACCUCCAAAGACCCACACUGAUCCAUGGGAUCCAGACCCAGGGUGCAAGAGCCUCUCUGGGCCUGAAGGACUACUUCAUCAUGUACUUCACCCUCUCCUACAGCCUAGACCAGGAGACCUGGACUAACUACAGGGGGAACAGCACCACGCCAACUUACAUAUUUAACGGUAAUCUGGAUGGCUCCAAGGUGAAGGAGAACUAUCUGUCUCCCCCCAUCCUGGGGCGCUACAUCAGACUGCAACCUGUCACCAUCCAGAGGAACCCUGCUCUUCGCAUGGAGCUGCUGGGCUGUGACGUCAACAGCUGCUCCUUCCCCCUGGGUCUCCAGAGGAGGUUGGUUCCAGACAGCAGCUUCAGAGCCUCCUCCUUCCUGCAGACUUGGAGGCUCUCCUGGGGCCCCGCCCUCGCACGCCUCCGCCAGGAUGGCAGCGCCAAUGCAUGGCGCCCCAAGGCCAAUAACCCCCAAGAGUGGCUGCAGGUGGACUUCCUGGUUAUGAAACGCAUCACAGGGGUUGUCACUCAGGGGGCGUGGUCUAUUCUGUCUCAGAUGAUGGUGACAGAGUUCUCUGUAACCAUUAGCGACAACGGCCACUCCUGGUCCAACGUGGUUGACGAGGGAACGCAAAGAGAGAAGAUGUUCUUGGGGAACAGUGAGCCAGAUGAGGAGAUGCUGAACCUCUUUGAUCCUCCUCUGUUUGCCCGCUUCAUACGGAUACACCCCAGAGGCUGGCUCAACGACAUAGCCCUGCGCCUGGAGUUCAUGGGCUGUGACACCCAGCAGCGACACUGAGAGACAGGGCAGGGGGCCCCACUGUGCAGCUCCACACUCAGGCCCACCUCAUCUUUGUCUCUUCUAUUUAAUGAGCAUAGCAGUGACGUGAUGAUCAUGAAAUAGUCAUGUCAUUGAUGGAUGGAUGAACAGAGUGAGUGAAGUUUAAAAGGUUUGUUUAGCUAGGAUCAGAGUCAUAAAUGAUAUGCUGUUGUAGGAUGUGUCUAUUGAUGAGCUUCAACUGAGAAUAGCUCUUAGGUCUGGUCACUCCACUAUCAACAGUAUAACACAUUACGUCAGUUUAUGAAGACUGAGUCUCAGACGGUUUGUCUCAUGUACAAUAUAUACUACUACAAACACUAUGACUUCAGACAUUCCGGAUGUGAUCCAAUACAUGUCAAUAGUACAGUAUAACAAUUAUUUCUGUCUGGAUGUGACUGACUACAGUAAUCUGUACAGUACUGUAUGUAUAUGCAAUGUAUCAUAUGCACUGAGGGGAGAGGGAUAGAGUUUAUAUUGUUAAAUAAAAUUGAAAUUAUAUCAAG